AUGGAAUAUACUUCACAACAGUUAAACUAUUUCAGAAUAUGUUAUAUCGCCUUCAACUUGGUCCCCGAAGGACUUCGGAGAGUCUUCAAACAAGAGUGGAAUUUCCUUUACAUAACAACUCCAUUUGGGGAAUGGAAAGACAUUCCACAAAAUGGCAGCGAUUUCUACAACAACGAAACGGGGAGAAGUCGCAAAAACAAUGCUCGAUAUUUUGCGACAAUAAAAAAGGGAAACACCGCGGAGUGGGACUGCAGUUGUCUACUUUUUGCGAUAUUGUUCUCGGAUAGUAUUGGCACCACUCUGAGUUCGACAAUCAGAAAAGAGGUCGACGAUCUUCGACAGGUGCGAAACGACAUCGCUCAUAUAAACGAGGUUGAACUUACUGAUGUUGAAUUUCAAAAUUAUGUCGCAAGAGUGAUAGCUGCAUUUACAUCUUUGAAACUCGCAACUGAUGAAAUCGAGGAUGUUAAAAACCAGAGCAGCUUUCCCACAGCAGAAGUAAAAAGCCUGAAGCUAAAGGCUGAUGGACUUAAAGCUGAUUUAAAAGCAAAAAAUGAAGAAGUUAAAAAUCUAAACUCCGACUUACAAUUGACCCAAGACGCAUUACAGACCAAGCAGGAAGAAGUAGAAACCCUCACUCAGGAAAUCAAUUCCAAAGUCGAGUCUUUCUGUAGUCUUACAUUCAAGCCAUCGCACCAAAUCAUCAGACGUUCCAACGAUGUCACAAGAAUCAAGAACAAGCUGGAGGAACUUUAUAAUGAAAGCAAAGGGGCCAUCAGCACCAUUUAUUUAUCAGGAAUUCCGGGCUGCGGCAAAAGUCAAAUCGCUCGUCAAGUUGGACAGGAAUUCUAUGACAAAAGAUUGCGUGAAGACGAAGGUCUAACAUUUGUUUCAACUCUGAAUGCAGAAACCCUUGACUCACUUGCCGACUCCUAUUUCAAUCUAGCUAAACAACUGGGAGUUACGGAAUACGCCCUAGCCAAUCUAGCUACCUCAAAGAGGGACAGCUCAAGUGAAACAAUGCAGCAUCUGAUGCGUUUCAUUUCUCCAAAAGUGAAACAGUUUUCUGCCUGGCUGAUUAUUGUGGAUAAUGUUGUUGACCUAUCCUUGGUUCGUAGUUAUCUGCCUCCAACCGCCAGUGAAGAAUGGGGUCAUGGUCAGGUGCUGAUAACAACACAAGACACCCAGUCCAUACCGUUCGAUUCCCCUUAUGCUUACCAUGAAUCUCUCAGUGAAGGAAUGCAUCCAGAUGAUGCAGUAGACCUUUUAAGAGAAGUGUCCCAAAUUUCGAAUCAACAACAAGCUGAGGAGGUUGCUAAAGUUCUCGAGUAUCAGCCACUUGCCUUAGCAGCUGCUGCAGUCUACGUGCAAACAAUUGUCAGCUAUGGUACCCCUGAUUACCGUUGGACAAAAUACCUGGAAACAUUGAAUAGCGAGGAACGCGAAGCCAGAGAAGAGCUUUUCGCGCAAAAAAACAGAGCAUAUCCCAAAACAACGGCUUCUGCAAUCAGAAUAGCAAUAACUCGAGCUUUGGAAAGCGACAAAGUUCUUUGUGAAGUAUUUUGUUUGUUUUCGCUGUGCACAUCUGAUUCUCUACCUAUUGAGGCUGCAGUUGACUUUGUUAAAUUUCGUAACAAGCAACAAAAAGAAGAAUUUAUCAGAGCUAAAAUUCUGGAAUCCAACAUGAUAACUUGCUUGUAUGAUGUUGAUGGCACACCCACUUACUUAAGAGUACAUAACGUUGUUCAUGAAGUGCUUAAGUCCACUGUAACAUCUGUCCUGAACCGCACAGAUAAAGCUGAGUACUUUUCUGCUGCUGUUAAGAUUUUCAGUUCAUUAAUUGAAGACAACAAGAAGCUGCUACUUGCAAGUGAGAGUGCGUGCAGAAAGUUAAGACUAACUACCAGUCAUUGUAAAGAGUUAUAUCAACAUUUCAAGACUAAUUUUACCGACACAGAAUUAACUAAUAAUGAAUUAUUCCCCUCCAUAGCUCCUAGAAAUUUAGUAUCCUGGCUUUCCUCAACUGCUGAAGUCAGUCGCAAAUUGAGUAAUAUAUCGGACGCUCACCUCUUUUGUACAUUAUGCUCUGAUUUUGUAAAUUAUCUUGAUGACGAGCUAAGAGAUAAGCUGGAAAAGGCGAAUUAUUUUCGAGUGAAAGGCCAUGUUUCGAAGGAUCUUGACCAGAACAAUCAAGCUAAAGAAUACUUUGAGAAGUCUCUUGCCAUUAGCAAACAGAUUUAUGGUGAACACCAUGGUGAAGUAGCGGACAGUUACAACAACCUGGGACUUGUUUACAGAAACCUUGGUCAGUACAAUCAGUCUAAAGAAUACCAUAAGAAGUCUCUUUCCAUUAGAAAAGAGAUUUAUGGUGAACACCAUGGUAACGUAGCGGCAAGUUACAACAACCUGGGACUUGUUUACAGUGACCUUGGUCAGUACAAUCAGGCUAAAGAAUACUAUGAGGAGUCUCUUUCCAUUAGGAAAGAGAUUUAUGGUGAACACCAUGGUGACGUAGCGGCAAGUUUCAACAACCUGGGAAAUGUUUACAGAAACCUUGGACAGUACAAUCAGGCUAAAGAGUACCAUGAGAAGUCUCUUGCUAUUAAAAAAGAGAUAUAUGGUGAACACCAUAGUAACGUAGCGGCAAGUUACAACAACCUGGGAACUGUUUACAGUGACCUUGGUCAGUACAAUCAGGCUAAAAAUUACCAUGAGAAGUCUCUUGCCAUUAGAAAAGAGAUUUAUGGUGAACACCAUGGUGACGUAGCGAGAAGUUACAACAAGCUGGGAAUUGUUUACAGGAAGCUGGGUCAGUACAAUCAGGCUAAAGAAUACCAUGAGAAGUCUCUAGCCAUUAGAAAAGAGAUUUAUGGUGAACACCAUGGUGACGUAGCGCAAAGUUACAACAACCUGGGAACUGUUUACAGUGACCUUGGUCAGUACAAUCAGGCUAAAGAAUACCAUGAGAAGUCUCUUGCCAUUAGAAAAGAGAUUUAUGGUGAACACCAUGGUGACGUAGCGAGAAGUUACAACAAGCUGGGAAUUGUUUACAGGAAGCUGGGUCAGUACAAUCAGGCUAAAGAAUACUAUGAGAAGUCUCUUGCCGUUAAAAAAAUUAUUUACGGCGAGGAGCAUUCCUCUGUAGCGAACAGUUAUUUCGACCUUGGCAAUAUCUAUUGUAGCGUUAAACAGUACCCUGUUUCUGAAGAAUGCUAUGAAAAGGCUCUGAACAUUUAUAAAACCUUGUAUGGCGAGCAGCAUGCUGCUGUGAAAAGAACUUUCAACGAGUUAGGAUUCGUUAAAAGGAAACAAAGAGAACUUAAUCAAACUCGUAACAAAUGUUGCAUUGUGUAA